CUGCUGCUGGCCGGCUACCUGCGCCUGCGCACGCCGCUCUACUACCGGUACUGUGCUCUUCUAGCGGAUGAUGACCACGACGUCCGUGAACCAGCUGAGUACUACGUGAGCAGCUGUCUCACUACCGACGCUAUUUACCAUCAUUUCGUUGACUGCAUCUUACAUUAUAAUAGUGAUGGAGAAAAAUUAUCAUUCGACGCCAGACAACUGAUCUACGACGUAAUGCUGCAGCGGUUGUCCUUGGUGCAGAAAUUGAACGUGCAGUGUCGACUUGCGCGCGAAAUCCUGCAACACGCAGCUGACGUUACGGACGAGGGCGACGGCGAACUGCCACGUGCGCUCAACUCUGCACUACUAGACACUAUCACGUUACUUUGCGGACCCAGGAUGCGGCUGCCCAAGAAACCACAGGCUACGGGUGAUACUGCGGACAUAGACGACCUACAAGAGAGAAUUACGACAAAUAUCGUAUCGCAUAAAAUGAAGCGCACGGUGGCGGAGGUGCUGGUGCCGAGCGUGCUGCGGCUGUACGCGCGCAUGCGGCCGCGCGGCGGCCAGCUCGCCGCCUACCUCGUGCGCAUCGCCACCGACCUGCUCAGCGACUACCGCCACGAGAUCGAGGAGCUGAUAGAGAACGACGAGGAGCUAGUGGAGCGCAUCCACCAGUUCCAGGAGACGAUCGGGCUGGAGCCGUCGUUCGGGAACGCGCGCAACCUGGUGACGGCAUCGGCGCCGCCCGACCCCGACACGCCGAGCUCGCGCAAGCGCGGCGCGCGCCCCGGCCGCGCGCGCGACGCGCCGCCGCACCGCAAGCGCGCGCUCCGCAUAUAG